AUCAAAGCUCGAUUCUAUUCCAAGACAGUAAAAAAAACAGAGUAAUCGCUUUUCUAGCAAACCCCACUCACUCAUCGGACACUCCAAUUCUCACCCCACACUGUCACGGUGUCACCCCUCUGAGUCUGUUUUAAUGUAUCCCAACAUUUUGUGAUUAAAAUAACUACACAUAUUCGAGCUGUGUUCCGUCGUUUUCUACAGAGCCCUCGUGAUGAAAGAGAAUUCAGAAUAGAGAGGAACAAGUAAUGAGGGUAACGGGUCGCUUGCUUAGAAAAAAGCGGUUGUCUCUAACUCCAAGAUUCAGUUGAUAAAAAAUGGUGUUUUAUUGUUCACAUUCCAAACCCUUUUACGUGGCGCCGAAUUCUUGAAUUCGGAGUGGGGAAGUUUUGGAUUUUGAAGUGUAUUUGACGUGGGUGUUGGCUGAUUGUAGUCCAAGGAUUAAAAAAUGGAGCUUUCUUGUUCGAAUUCCACACGGUGCAGUACCUUUUAGGUGGGUGGUGGUACAUUCUUGAAUUCUAAGCUGGAAAAGAUUGAAUUUUGAGGUGUAAUUGGUGUGGAUUUUUGAGUUUUUGGAAUUUUGUGGUCUAUUUUUUUAGCUCAUGUAGUUGUGAAAAUGAUAGUGUUUCUUAGAUGGUGGUGUUGAUAGAGUAGGCAACUGGUGUAUUUGAGGGGGGCAGAUAUUUCUGCCUAAAAAUAGAUUAUGCUAUAAUCUGUGAUGCAAUACUCUUUAAAGUUUUUUUUUGUUAUAAAUUAAGAUUUGUGAGGGUGGAAUCAUGACUAUGGCAGUCCGAGAUCGGAUUCUUAAAGAUGUGAAUGGUAACAUUAGUGAUCAUGUACGCAACCACAUUCAUUUGACAAACUGCAUUCAUUUGAAGAACCACAUGCAUAAGAACAGCCCCAUCUUGGUGGAUAGGCUGCUCCUGAGGGACCUCGUCGUCCUUCAGAGGUCAAGGUCGUUGAAGGACCCGUCUGCUAGCCCGCCCUCAUCUGCUGUUGAUGCUCUCUUGAGGAGAAGGGAAGGGGAGGAUGUAGUUGGUGGAAGGCGUAGCGUUGGGAUAGAGCAUGGUACGGUGUCAGGGAACUCGCCUGCAAUGGCUGCUGUGAGCAGCUGUGGUAGUAAGGAAAGGAGGGUCAUUGGAAAUGAUGAAUGUGAAGGAGAUGGGGAGGAUUUGGUUGGUGAUCGUGUUUUGGGGGGCUCGUCUCAGUUGAGGGAGAAUAGCAUGGACAUGAGGCGAGGGUAUAGACAAGAUAGACAGGUUAGGACGCUCUCGGACCAGUUGAGGAACGUCCAGAUUGGGAGUGAUGAUGUGGUCUUGUCUUGUUAUCGUGGAGAUGUGAGACGCGUCUUCCAUUCGGAAAAGUAUCCUGAGGAAGCAGGAGUUAGCAUUCGGCAUAGGAGUAGUCUGAAUAGGAGGAGAAGGCGUAUGUUUCGUGGUGGGAAGAGAAGUCGGCCUUCUGUAGCUGUUAGAGAUGGUGGAGAUGCACGAAAUGAGAGGUCGGUGGCGUCUCAUUCGUUUGGUGAGGGUCAAGCUUCUCAGAAAUAUCACGGGGAGGAAGAAGUCCAGCAACUCUACAUUCAAAAUGUCAACGGUGAUCAGAGAAACGAAUGUGGUAUACCGUGGAACUGGUCGAGGAUUCAUCACCGAGGGAAGUCGUUUCUCGACAUGGCUGGCCGGAGCCUCUCUUGUGGUUUGUCUGAAUCAAGGUCGAAGAAAGGUGGUUCCAAUACUCAAGGGAUGGAUAUCCCUAACAUGCCAGUGAUGUCAUCUAGUUCGUCCACUAGAUCGGAUGCAGAGGCUUUGCCUCUAUUCCUCGAUCCUUCUGGUAUUCGUGAACACAUGGAUCGGGCUGGUUGGUUCCAAGAUUACUCGGAGGAGUUAGGUACCUACGCCGAUAAUAUGGUUAAGCAAGAAACUUAUUGCGACCUUGCAUCGGAAGAGAGAUCACGUGAGCAGCAUAGAUCUCGGAAUCAAAACAAUGAGAGGCAUCAAAAUCUCACGCAAAAGUACAUGCCGAGGACGUUUGGGGAUUUGGUCGGACAGAACUUGGUCGUGCAGGCUCUCUCGAAUGCUAUCUUGAAAAGGAAAGUCGGGUUACUCUAUCUGUUCUAUGGACCUCACGGAACAGGGAAAACUUCAUGUGCUCAUAUAUUCGCUCGAGCAUUGAACUGCCAGUCGAUGGAACACCCGAAGCCUUGUGGCUUUUGCAACUCCUGCAUUGCACAAAGCAAUGGGAAGUGUCGGAACGUGUGGGAAGUAGCCCCCUUUAGUAGCAUGGACCUCGAGAGUAUAGUUGGCCUGCUCAGGAAUGUGACGUCUUCGUCAUCUUCCCAGCUUCGAUCUCAGUACAGAGUCUUCGUAUUCGAUGAGUGUGAUACGGUGUCUUCUGAAUGCUGGAGCACGAUAUUGAAACUCAUUGAUCGAGCCCCUAGGCGUGUCGUUUUUGUCCUUGUUUGCUCAAGUCUUGAUGCCUUACCUCAUAUAAUCAUAUCCAGGUGCCAGAAAUUCUUUUUUCCGACGUUAAAGGACGCAGACAUUAUACAUACGUUGCAGUGGAUAGCAACGAAAGAGGACCUGGAUAUCGAUAAGGACGCCCUCAAGCUCAUUGCAACAAGGUCGGAUGGAUCUCUCAGAGAUGCUGAGAUGACUUUGGAGCAAUUGAGUUUAAUCGGGAAGAGAAUAUCCGUCUCCCUCGUUCAGGAACUGGUUGGGCUUGUUUCUGAUGAGAAACUGGUUGAUCUUCUCGAUUUAGCAUUAUCUGCUGACACUGUCAACACAGUCAAUAAUCUGAGGGAUAUCAUGGAAUCGGGAGUUGAGCCAUUGGCAUUGAUGUCACAGCUUGCAACGGCCAUAACUGAUAUUCUUGCUGGAAGCUACGAUGUCACCAAAGAAGGGCCUCAAAGGAGGUUUUUUCGGAGGCGUGAAUUAUCGAAAGAAGAUAUGGAAAAAUUGCGUCAAGCGCUAAAGACAUUGUCCGAAGCAGAGAAGCAGCUGAGGGUGUCGAACGAGAGGAUAACGUGGCUAACUGCUGCACUGCUGCAACUGGCUCCGGAUCAACAGUAUAUUCUGCCAGCCGAAAGGAGCUUGAAUCACAGUCCUUUGGUUUCAAAUGACGCUUCUCUAAGAAACGGGACUAGGAAAAGCAAUGCAGAAAUGCUCGAUUUUCAAGCUGAAAGUUCUGGUAUGGCUGGAAAUGAACACAACGAAGGCGAGGUCAUCUCUCAACAGGUACAAGCAGUUUAUAACGAGAAACUGGAGGCGAUUUGGUUGGACGUGCUGCAGAAGAUCCCGGUGAAUAGCAUUCGAGAGUUCAUGUAUCAGGAAGGGAAGCUCGUCUCUGUCAGUUAUGGUGCAGCUCCGACCGUGCAAUUGCUGUUCAACUCACAGCUGACGAAAUCCAAGGCAGAGAAAUUCAUAUUACAUGUCUUGCAAGCAUUCGAGUCUGUUCUUAGAUGCCCGGUGACAAUUGAGAUCAGAUCCGAGUCGAAAAAAGGCACCAACCGGGUACCAGUUCUGCUACCGGCAGCUCAGAAUCUGCCUCGUUUGGAUGUGAAUCCGACCACAAACACAGGUAGUUGGAUGCCUAGGGCGAGUCACGAUGAUAUGCCAUCUUCUGCAGCCAAUAGGAGAGAGAUUGUCGAAAUUGAACCCUCACCCAGAGAGUAUAAUGGUAGUGUUAAGCGUAGAGACACCAAAGUAGACUCUGAUGGGCGGAAUAUAGAAAAUGCGGGAGUGACAUCUUCACAUAAGAUAUCGACCGUGUUAGGUGAGAAAAACCAGUGCCGUACCCUUGUUAAAAGGAAGGUAACCCUUGCUCAUGUGAUUCAGCAUGCAGAACAUAGUGGAUGGUCGAAGCGCAAAGAGGUUUCAGUUGCAGAAAAACUCGAAAAAGAAAAUUUGAGACUAGAAGCAAGUUCGAGGAGAUUGCUAUGUUGGAACGCUCCGAAAAUGAAACACCACAAGCUUUCGCGUUUGAGGAUUAGAUCAAGGAAGCCACGGGCUUUGCUGAAACUCGUCUCUUGCGGAAGGUGCCUCUCCGAUAGGUCCCCGAGGCAGUCGUAGCCAUUUUCAUCGCCAUAAAGGACAUCAAGGCGUGUUAGGGUUACUCUGUACCUGCUGUUUCAUCAGACUAAUCCUAAUUCUUCAGAAUAAUUUAGAGUAGAGCGGGUGAAAGGUUAGAGCUUUUGUCAUUAAUCUUUGUAUUGCUAUUUUUUUGUAAUUUAUUUCAAUAUAAGUCUCAUAAUGUUAAUCCCUCACUAUAAAUAAUUGCUUCCAUUUUAUUUUAGAUGGUAAAUAUUUGAUUU